ACCGUCCAACUUGUGACAACAGAAGACGUCCUGUUUGUGCUUUUGGCGGGGAGAGAAGAACCUUUGGAGGUAGCCGCACUGCAGAUUUUCAUUCCAGGCCCAUGGAUUCAUUAUUCUAGUCUUGUAAGGGGCCUCUAAAGGCCAUCUAGUCCACCACCUGCCAUGAAUCUACAGCAGGCAUGGGCAGGCUACGGCCUUCCAGGUGUUUUGGGCGUCAACUCCCACAAUUCCUAACAGCCUGUGAGGGAGACGCUCCUUCCAGAGAGUUUGGCCGAGAAGGAGACCAGGCAGGCAAGUUGUGGAAAACAUACACAUCCCAUUCAUGUCCAUCUAUCAAAGCGAAUUAGGCUUUCCAGGUAAUGCUUACACCAAAAGCAAAUUUAGCAGUAAGUUGGAUGCUGCCUUGGGUUUACAUAUUCAGCUGAUGGACAUAAAGCCCAAUCUCCAAAUUACUUUUAAGGACAAAAAUGAAACAGUUUCAUUCAUCGCUUUAGCUGUGAAUUCCAAAACUUCCUGUACCAAACUCAAGGAGAAACUGACAAUAGUGAAAGAUCUAGCUGAAAGGAUGGAAGGGAAAGACUCUUCUGAGCCCAACCUGGGAAAAGGCCCUUCCCUCAUUCAGGCCAAGCCUAGUGGAGAACUGGAAAGAGCCACACAGAAGAGCCUGUCGGAGGAAGUGCUCUCUUCAGAUUUACGGCGCCAGCAAUUCAGGGACUUUGGCUACAGGGAGACGUUGGGACCUCGGGAGGUUUGCAGCCAGCUGCACCUUCUCUGCCGCCAGUGGCUCCGGCCAGAAAGACACACCAAGGCGGAGAUGUUGGACUUGGUGGUCUUUGAGCAGUUCCUGGCUCUCCUUCCGCCUGAGAUGUCAUCCUGGGUGAGAGAAUGUGGGGCAGAGACCAGUUCCCAGGCGGUGGGCCUGGCAGAAGGCUUCCUCCUGAGUCAGGCAGAGAAGAGGCAGGAAGAGGAGCAGGAUUUGCUUCUGGAAAGGAUCCCUGAGGUAGACCAGUGUUUUUCUGAAUCCAGUCAAAGUCAGCAGCCACGAUGGAUGAUGUGGGACAGGGAACAAAGGUCUCCCUCAAUGAGAGAGGGAACAAGAACUGGGUCUACAAGUGUAAGUGCAUCUCUUCCUCAUGAGGAACUCAGAACAGCAUCUGCAGGAGUACAUCAGGUGACAUUUGAGGAGGUGGCUGUAGAUUUCACAGAAGAAGAGUGGGCUCUGUUGGACCCAGGCCAAAGGGCCCUUCAUCAGAAGGUGAUGGAGGAGAAUUUGGAAAUCCUGUUCUCUCUGGGAAGAAAUUCUGGAAACAAUUCCUCGUUAAGGUCCCAACUUCUGACUGAUCAAAGAACCAAAACAGCAGAAAAAAUAUCUAAGCAUUUGAAGGGUAAAAAUAGAUUCAGUCUAAAAGCAUUUCUCUCCUGUUACCAGUCAGAUCACACAGAGAAGAAACUAUUUCAUUGUUGGGUCUGCAGAAAAGGUUUCAUUUCGAAGAGUCACCUCCUUUGUCAUCAAGCACCUCACGCUGGAGAGAAACCAUUUACAUGUGCAGAAUGUGAGAAAAGUUUCAGUCAGAAGCUAUACUUGACUCAUCAUCAAGUAACUCGCACAAGGGAGGUGCGGUUUAAAUGCUCAGAGUGUGGAAAAGGCUUUAUUUGGAAGGCAGCCCUCACUCGGCAUCAAGCAACUCACACUGGGGAGAAACCAUUCAAAUGCCUGGAGUGUGGAAAGGGCUUUAUUCAGAAGGCACACCUCAUGCUACAUCAAGCAACUCAUACUGGAGAGAAACCAUUCAAAUGCCCGGAGUGUGGAAAAGGCUUUAUUCGGAAGGCACACCUCACUCUGCAUCAAGCAACUCACGCUGGAGAGAAACCAUUCAAAUGCCCGGAGUGUGGAAAAGCCUUUAUUCGGAAGGCACACCUCACUCUGCAUCAAGCAAUUCAUGCUGGGGAGAAACCAUUCAAAUGCCAGGAGUGUGGAAAAGGCUUUAUUUAUAAGUCACACCUCAUUCGGCAUCAAGGCACUCACACUGGGGAGAAACCAUUCAAAUGCCUGGAGUGUGGGAAAAGGUUCACUCAGAAGACAUCCCUCACCUAUCAUCAAGCCACUCACAAUAGAGAGAAGCUGUUUAAAUGCUUGGAAUGUGGGGAAAGUUUUAUUCGGAAGAUAGAUCUGACUCAUCAUGAAAGAAUUCACAGUGGGGAAAUGCCAUUUCUGUGUCUGGAAUGCGGGAAAGGGUUUAUUCAGAAGGCACACCUCACUCAGCAUCAAGCAACUCACACUGGGGAGAAACAAUUCAAAUGCCUGGACUGUGGAAAAAGGUUCACUCAGAAGAUAUCCCUCACUUAUCAUCAAGCCACUCACAGUGUGGAGAAUAGGUGGUCUGUGGUUUGCUUUUCUCCACACUCGCAUGUUGUGGACUCCACUUUGUAGACUCAUUUCUUAAGUUUGGCUCUGCAUCUUGUGGUGCCAGAGCAGUCUGUUCAGUGCCUUUCAAGUCGCCCAGUCUUCUGUAUGCCAAAGUUGCUGGUAUCUUCAGAGGAUCAUAGAUGCAGGCGAAACAUCAGGAGGAAAUGCUGCUAGAUCACGGACCAGCCUGGAGAUCAAACAGCACCCCAGUGAUUCUGGCCGUGAAAAUCUUCGACAAUACAGUAGUCUCUCACUUAUCCAACAUUUGCUUAUCCAACGUUCUGGAUUAUCCAUCGCAGUCUGCCUUUUAGUAGUCAAUGUUUUUGUAGUCAAUGUUUUCAAUACAUUGUGAUGUUUUGGUGCUAAAUUUGUAAAUACAGUAAUUACUGUAUAGCAUUACUGCAUAUUGAACUACUUUUUCUGUCAAAUUUGUUGUUAAACAUGAUGGUUUGGUGCUUAAUUUGUAAAAUCAUAAUCUAAUAUGAUGUUUAAUAGGCUUUCCCUUAAUUCCUCCUUAUUAUCCAACAUAUUCGCUUAUUCAAUGUUCUGCCGGCCCGUUUAUGUUGGAUAGGUGAGACUGUACUGUACUUUAAUAUCAUACUUUGCUGGUUGGUGUUUGUAGAAAUAGGUAAAUAGAAGCUUUAUCACUAGUCUUUGAACCAAGAUAACUCUAUUGUGUAAUAAAGUUGUCACUUAGGAUUGUGUAUAACAAUUAACAGUGUCUUUAUUCAGGUUUAAAAGUUCAAACACACACAGGGCAACAGUAUAUAAUAGUCCUUUUUAAAUAUGCCUCAUUUCCUUUUAUAUAAUCAAACUCCGGAGAGCACGAUAGCCAAUUUCAUUCCUGACCAAAUUUCCAGUUAGCUUCUUUCUCCCCCUCCAGAAUAAAAAUGGCAGUUAAAAUUCAUUUGCCUCAGUGUCAAGCAAGAGGCAGCAGCCAAUCGGAAUCCUGGCUGGCUUAGCCAAUCAGCUGUUGCCACAACUUCUUUCCCGUUAAUUCACUACUAAUAUGGAGUCUCUUUCAUAAUCCCUCACAAUACUUAAAUUACAAAACAAUACACACACACACACAUAUAUAUAUAAAACAAGCAAAGCAGAAGACAAAGAGAAUAAAACAGUACAUCAUGUCCCUCCUAUGCUCCUCACCCAUUAGAAUUGACUUGGGAAGAGAACUGGGAAAACCAUUGUUGAUAAUAUUGUAUAAAAUUACAUUCAAUCUAUGUGAAUAAGAUACAGGGGCCAGGCGGUGGCGCAGGCUGGUAAACAGCUGCUGCAAUAAAUCACUCUGACUAAGAGGUCAUGAGUUCGAGGCCAGCCCGUGGCGGGGUGAGCACACGACCAUUAAAAUAAAAAAUAGCCCUGCUCGUUGUUGACGUAAGCAACCCAAAAGAUAGUUGCAUCAAUCAAGUAGGAAAUUUAGGUACCACUUAUAUGUGGAGCGCCGGUGGCGAAGUGCGUUAAAGCACUGAGCUGGAGACGAAAGGUCCCAGGUUCAAACCCCGGGAGCGGCGUGAGCGGCCGCUAUUAGCUCCAGCUCCUGCCAAUCUAGCAGUUCGAAAACAUGCCAAUGUGAGUAGAUCAAUAGGUACCGCUUCGGCGGGAAGGUAACGGCACUCCAUGCAGUCAUGCCGGCCACAUGACCUUGGAUGAGCACCAACCUCCAGAGUCAGACAUGACUGGACUUAACGUCAGGGGAAACCUUUACCUUUACCUAUAUGUGGGGAGGCUACCAAGAGAACUAUAGGUUGGGAAUCAUUUGGGCUGGUCCUGAUUUCCCCCCUUAAAAUAGAAGUCUGUUAAGAAUGGCUUGGCACUUUAAAAGUAUUUCAGCCCAUAAGGUGUCUUCAGCCCCAAGUAUUCCAGGGAAGGACUCUUUCCCCGCAUCACCUGUUCUCUCACCUGUGCCAUUCUCUGGCUGGAAGGGGCGGGGCAAAGGCAAGAGUGACAGCCCAGAGUGCUUCUUGACUGGUUCCCGGGGGGGGGGGGGGGGAGAAGGCCCUUCCUUCCAGAGAGUUUGGCCAAGGAGGAGAGAAUGGAGAGCAAACAGGCAAGUCAUUGGGCCUUGGUCUAUCCCGGCAUUGAAUGUCUGCCUUUGUUAUGUUGGGAGCCCCCCUGAAUCCCCCUGGGGAGAUAGGGCGGGCUACAAAGAAAGCAUUAUUACAACAACAAUAAUAAUCAUUAUUAUUAUUAAGGCCCAUCCAGAGACUGGGGAGAUAGCAGGCUGAGACAGUGAAGCCAUGUUGGGUUGCUGUGAGUUUUUGAACUGUAUGGCCAUGUUCCAGUAACAUUACCGCCUGACAUUUCGCCUGCAUCUGUGGCUGUAUCUUGGCUAUGAAAGCCUUCCACACACAAUGAAGCCAAGCCACCCUUCUCCUCCAUUAGGAAACGGCUUCCUCUGCACCUCUUUUUGGUUGCUCGGGUCACGUGCCAUGGGGUUUUUUUUGCCAUAAAGUACCUAUUCCUUUUACAAAUUUGAUUGUGUCUAUGAAACUUACAAACAGACAAAAACCAAAUAAAAACCAGACAACAACAAAACAAAACUGGACAGUGGCCACACCACGGGCAAACUCCUGACCCUCCACCCACACACCUGAGGACCACCACCCGAAGACCCUCCCAUCCUACUCAAUGGGGAGCACAUCCCCACCCCAGAUACCAUUUGUUAGCCAGGUCAUUGGAAUAUAUUCUACGUAAUAGUUUUUCUAUCCAUUUUUUAACAAGUAGCUCUUUUUUGCCCUUCUAAAAUUUCGCUGUUGUUCUUCUUGCAGUAGUAAAACUGUAUUGGCAGAUUUUUUUCAUCUCCUUUAUGGAUUCUCUCUCUAAAUAAUCCUAAAAGACACAUUUCUGGGUUUUUCUUAACCUUUUAGUGGACAUUUUGUUUGUUUCUAUAACCACACUUUUCCAAAAAUGUUCUAAUGUCUUACAGGUCCACCAAACAUUUAAAAAUGUACCUUUCUGUAUCCUCUGCCUCCAGCAGUCCUGUCAACAAUUUUUAUCUGUUUUGGCCAACAAUUCUGGGGUUAUGGAACUUCUGUAAAACAUUUCAUAGUAAAGUUUCACUAUUGUCUGGUGUUAAUGUCUAAUAUGUUAUUUGUUAUAUGGUUUGUUUAUUUGCUUUUUUGGUUGCACUUUAUGGCAUUGAAUGUUUGCUGCUGUAUGUUGUAAAUAGCCCUGAGUUCCCAUUGGGGAGAUAGGGCGGGAUAGAAAUAAAGUUAUUAUAAUGAU